AUGGCAGCUCCUCGAGGUGCUCAGAUCGCUGCUCGCCUUCUCAGUCGAGGUUCUAAGUCUGUAGCUUCAGAUCUCUCUUCCCUAGUCGACCGCAAGUUAAAUCCACAUCCGAUCGGUCGAAAAUGGACGACCACUGCUCCGUCACUUCACACACGAGCAACGCACCAUGCUCAAGCUACUGCCGCAGCCGAGGAACAGCGAUGGGAGACCUCUGAACCUACCAACCCUGCGCUGGCAUUCCCUUGUCUGGACGCGCAAGAGAUGAAGACCGCUGCACUUCAGACCCGAUCACUCGAAUCAGGCCCUGAGCCCUCUUAUACCACCGGCAAGCAUCUGGUCUUUCACAGCUCUCAACCUGUUCUGCUCGAUUGGGGCGGCAUUCUGUCUGAGUUUGACAUUGCAUACGAGACUUGGGGAACACUGAAUGCGGACAAGAGCAACGCAAUUUUGUUACAUACCGGUUUGUCGGCGUCAAGUCAUGCACACAGCACCGAAGCCAACCCCAAGCCUGGCUGGUGGGAAAAGUUCAUUGGGCCCGGUGCCCCCGUCGACACCAACAAAUACUUUGUCAUAUGCACCAAUGUUGUGGGAGGUUGCUUUGGCUCGACCGGACCCUCCUCCAUUGAUCCAUCCGACGGACGUAGAUAUGCAACAAGAUUUCCCAUAUUGACCAUGGACGACAUGGUACGCGCGCAGACGAGAUUGCUGGACGGUCUGGGAAUUGAGAAGCUUUUUGCGAGCGUGGGAGCAAGCAUGGGUGGCAUGCAGAGCCUUGCUUUUGGUGUCCACUUUCCAGAAAGGGUGCAGAAGAUUGUAAGCAUUUCCGGUUGUGCAAGGAGCCAUCCUUACAGCAUCGCAAUGAGGCAUACUCAAAGGCAAGUCUUAAUGAUGGAUCCCAAGUGGAAUAGAGGCUUUUACUACGACAGCAUCCCGCCUCACACUGGGAUGAAAUUGGCAAGGGAAAUUGCUACCGUAACUUAUCGGAGCGGUCCUGAAUGGGAGAAGAGGUUCGGUCGUCGACGAGCAGACCCCAGCAAGCAGCCUGCAUUAUGCCCGGAUUUCCUGAUCGAGACCUACUUGGAUCAUGCCGGGGAAAGGUUUUCCCUAGAGUACGAUCCUAAUUCCCUGCUCUACGUCUCGAAAGCAAUGGAUCUCUUCGAUUUGGGGCAUGAUCACCAAGAAAGUGUCAAGCGCCGACGCCAACAAAAUAGUGACAAGUUGACCCAGCUCCAAGGCCGUCAGAUUCAGAAUGAUCCAUCUUGCAGCCUCACACUACCGGCCAAGAAUUAUGAAGAGCAGACGCAGACGGCUCCAAUGGAUGAGGUAGUCGUUUCCAACGCAGCAGGUGGACCACCAGAGGACCUGGUCAAAGGAAUGGCGUCCUUGGCUUCGCAUCCGGUCUUGGUGAUGGGUGUAGCCAGUGACAUCCUAUUCCCUGCGUGGCAGCAGCGUGAAAUUGCUGAGACUUUGAGAGCUACAGGAAAUGGCCGAGUCACUCACAUCGAAUUAGGAGAAGAUAUCAGUCUCUUCGGGCAUGAUACAUUCCUGCUGGAUCUAGAGCACAUUGGAGGCCCGCUUGGAAAGUUUCUGCAGCAAUAG